UGCUUCUUCCACUCUUGUUACGCUUAGACAAACUUUCAUUACCCCCCACUCUUUUUUAAAUAUGGCUGCAAUUUAUUCCUUAGACGAUGUCUCCAAGCACAACACCAAAGAUGAUUUAUGGAUGGCUAUUCAUAACAAAGUCUACAACAUCACAGAAUUUAUCUUGGAGCACCCUGGCGGUGAGGAGGUCUUGAUUGAUGAAGCAGGCAAGGACGCCACUGAAGCAUUCGAAGAUAUUGGUCAUUCCGAUGAAGCACGUGAGGUUUUGGAAAAAUACUACAUUGGUGAUCUCGAUGAGGCUUCUCAGAAGAACACUCACAGCUUCAACGCUAUCCGCGCCGGUGAACUUCCCGAAGAAAAGAAGUCUUCUGUCCUUCGUGUGCUUUUGCCUGCUCUCGCCGUUGCCGGUGUUCUUGUCUACAAGUUUGUCCUUGCUCCCCAGCGUCAUUAAGUUAUGGUAACAAGGCGGCCGGUAUUCUGAAAAUGAAAAAAUAAAAAUAAAAAAAUCAGAAAAAAAUCCAGGAGCAGCCGAUGUAAAGCAAGCCACAAAUCAUGCAUACAUCCCAACUCCUUCUCCUUUUUGC